CGCUCAGUCAGUGUCGAAGCAAAACUCGAGAAUGUUGGUCGCGUUCUUGUUGCUGAACCUUUUCGUGUCCAGCUUGCAGAACAAUGUUACUGUCUUUGAGGAAGCACCUGCCCUAUAUACCACCAGAGAGGGCUGUGAGUCAUUAUUGAAGAGUAACAAUGAGUGCGAGUGCCAGGAUAAGCGCAUCAAGUGCGGUAUGGUAACUCUUAGCAGCUCAUCCCAGCUCUACAGUAUCAGUUGCAGCAUUUUUGAUGUACGCGGCUUUGGUUACUUGCCACCUCUCAAGGCCGGUAGCAUUGGUCGGCUAAGCAUCGACAACUGCGCUAUACCCAACGCUCAAACUAUACGCAGCCUGCUUUCGAAGCUGGGAGUUAGUAACUACACUGAACUGGAGGUCUCUAACUACUUUGAGACGCGCGACGAGCGAGAUGAGCUGCUGGAACAACAUUUUACAAAUUACCCCGGGCUCAAAAAAAUCUCUUUAAUUGGGUUUAAGGCGAUGCUUCCCGCAAAUUUUUUCGAGAAUGUUACAGAGAUCACCGAACUGACGCUGAAGGGCAGAAGUGAUUUGCCAGGCACAUUGCUGCAUCCUCUCACACAUCUGACGAGGCUAUCAAUUGUUGUCAGAAAUAUGGCUAGCGUGGCCAGCGAGAUAUUUGCCAAACAGACGGAGUUGCUCCAACUCUCGCUCGACUGCUCGCUUAAGAACAGCAGUGUGGAUAUGUCCUUGCUUAGCUCCAAAGAGUUGUGGCACAUGACCAAGCUCCGCGGUUUCGAGUUGCACAACUGCGGCGACAAUGUGCCCGCCGAGCUGUUCUGGAAAUCGGAGAAUCUAUCCUACAUUGGCAUUCGUAGCAACAUUAGUUACCUGGGCAGAGAUUUCCUCAAAUCGCAAAAGCAACUGCUGAUGCUACAUUUGGAGCGCAACAACAUUGCCAGGUUACCGGACGAACUGUUCCACCACUCACCAAUGCUGCUUGAAAUUCACCUGGCCCACAACAAUUUGGAUCGCAUACAAGGCGGCCUUUUCAAUAAGCUUAAGAAUCUCUUGGUCUUAAAUCUGGAGCACAAUCCAAUUACAACUGUUGCGUCCAAUGCAUUCACCGCUGUGGCCUCGGCGCGCAUUUAUAUUGGAGAUCUGUUCAAGCAACUAAACAACGCAGAUUGGGCGCGUUCCACAAACGCCACGCUAUGCGAAGAGGAGUAUAUCAAUGGUGUUUGCCUCUACUGCAAACGUGAUGAGUACCUGGAUCACUUUUCAGCGAAGGAAAUAUGCAACAAGCCUAACGAUCCGGGAAAGCUAAUUGAGGUCCUCAAUCGUAAGGUUUUCGAACAUCGCCUUCAUCGCCUUCACAUGUCUUAAUCGGCUACAAAGCAAGAGAGUGAGUGAUACAAAUCACAUUAGCUCUCAAUCUGAUGAUAUUUUCAUACAAUAAGCAAAUCUCUCGCCUAUUCGAAAAAUCCAUUCCCCAGGGUAGAAAUGGGAGAGAAGGCUGUAUAGAAAAUGAGAAAUUUAAAUUAAAUAAACUCAUAUACCAUACGAAUACAAUACUUUUAUAAUCAAUCUCUUGUCACUUUAAGCAAAAAAAAAUCUUAAGUCGAUUGUAACCAAAAUUGAUAUGUAGUCUCUUAUACGCAAAUUAAGAAUUUUUAACCCACGUUAUUCUGUCAAACUUUUAUUAAAUUUCCAUAAAGCAUCUAAAUAUAUUGACUGAGAAGAACAUGGCAUUUUGUAGUCAAACACACCCAA